UCGCGUUUGAUAAGCUUGUUGAUUUUAAUAUAAAUGAACGACAACUCUGCGAAUGAAAGUACUUUCAGUUUGAAAUUAUACAAUGGCGGCGGGGAAGGAGAAACAAGUUUCAUUAGAAACAGGUGUAACAACGACAUGUCCGAUCUGCUUCGAAUCUUUCAAAACUCCAAGGAUUCUGCCAUGUCUGCACACGUUUUGUCACAACUGUUUAUCGCCAUACAUUCUUUCCACGUGCAAGACCAAGGAAAGCCCGGUGGGAUUUCCCUGUCCACUCUGCAGAUGUUUUGUUCCCGCUCCGUCUUUUUCGGUAGAGCUUGAAAAAUGGUCGGAACUUAUUCCUAUCAACAAAGCAAUUCAGGUUCUGAUAGAAAAAGGAGACAAGUUAUGUGAUGCAUGUCAGCGAGAAGAUGAAGAAAUAGUGGCCAGUGAUUGGUGUGAAUCUUGCUCCGAUUCCCUGUGUGCUAUGUGUACAAAAUAUCAUAAAAGAAAUGCAGCUUUUCGAAAUCAUACGUUAGUUCCAAUAGCAGACUUUAAUAAAGUGUCUGACAAAAAAGAAAGCAUGGAACCAACAUCUGUGGUGUGUAAAGACCACGGUAAUUUAGUGGAAUAUAUCUGUGUUGAUCAUGAAGAACUAAGUUGCACUAAGUGUGUGUGCACCAAACACAGAACAUGCACACAGGUCGACGACAUUGAAGAAGCAGCAGACAGUCUCCGAAAGUCAGAAAAAAUAAAAACUUUAUCAGAGGAAAUAUUUCAAUUUCAAGGCUCACUUGUGAAAGCUAAAUCUGAUGGAGAGGACACCAUAACAUACAUUGACGACACAUCAGAUCAAAUUAAGAAAGAAUCCACAGAAUUAAGAGACAAGAUUGUGAACCAUGUAAAUGCCUUACUAGAGGACCAUCUAUCUGAACUUGCUCAAAAUACUAAGGAACACAAGGGAAGAGUGGCCAAUGUUGUAGAUGCAGUCUCUGACCGGCAACUUUUGAUGGCUCAGUACUUGCACACAUUGGAAAAUACAGGAAAAACGCCUGCAUCAGUUAUUGUCAAUGAAUACUUAAAGAUCAAGAAGCAAUUCGCUUAUGUCACUAAGUCAGGUCUUUCUCAAAUUAGACUAGAAUUGCAAUCAAGUGUUUCAAAAGACCUGAGAGGAAUCCUCCAGGUGGAAAAAUUUUCAGACCUGAAGACACAUAUGAAAUCGGCUCCACUUUGCGGCAUUGAUUUUACAAGCGCAAACAUGACGUUGAUUUGUAAAUUACCCGAUUCAAACGGUGAUAUCACCGGUGGUUGCUUUUUAGAAAAUGGGGACAUAAUUUUGGUUGAUUACGAUUCAAAUCAUUUAUUGCAUUACAGCAAUGCGGUCCUUGUACGUAAAGCAAAAGUGUAUACGCAACCUGUUGAUGUGGUUUGUCAAAAAGCGCCUCUAUUUCUUGUUUCCAAAAGGGUUAUCAAGAAACGCAGAUCAGUAGGACAUAUUGGAAAAAUUAACCUUGACACAUUUGAAGAUAACGGAGAUAUUUUUACUACAAAAGGAAACCAGUUUAUGUAUAACUUGGCAAUAUCUGAAGGAUUUGUAUUCGCAGCAUGCUCAGAUGUCAUAAUUAAGUUUGAUCACGAUGGAAAUGCUGUUCAACAAUACCCGGUUGACUCGAGUACUUAUACGGUAGCAAUAAACAACAGCAAUGAAAUAAUCAGCUCAAGUUGUUGCACAGAUAUUGUCACUGUCAUGAAUAGUUCUGGUGAGAAAUUAUUUACCUAUUCUAGUAACAAACUCAUAUUUCCACGAGGACUUGAUGUGAACUUUUCAGGAAACAUUUUUGUUGUCGGCCAGGAAAGCUGUAACAUACACGUACUAACACCUAAGGCAGAGUUAUUGAAGAUUUUUGCAACUAAUUUGCGAUCACGACCAAUUUGUAUCAAAUUAAAAGAGAACUCGAAUAUUUGCUUUGUUGGGUUUUAUGGAACUAAAACAAAGGUGUAUGAAUUUCUAGGAAAUAUGUAAGAAUUUAAUGUCCUUUAUUAACCAGAAAUAUUAUUAUAAUCAAAGCAUGUUAAAGAUUGUAGCAUUUACCAAUAAUGCUAACAUAUUUUGAAGUAAAUAUUUAAAAAAAAUAUUAGGCAUAAAAAAGGUUAUAUUUAUUUAUGAACAUGUUUCUUUCAUAUAGUUUUGCAG